CUUCUCUUCCUCACUUAUUAUUUCCAGAGGACCCUUAUUUUUCCUUCUCUUCUGCGUAUGUCUGUUUUGCCUGAUCUCGAUAUCUCUAAGGUUAACCAUCUAGACUAUCUCUCCUACCGCUCUUCCUCUCUUCCCAAAGACGCCUCCAACUUGAUCAUUGAAUCCACUGCUUCUGUUUCCUCCUCUGUUUCUUCUCCCUCUUCUCGCUCCUCUGCCAUGUCUCUCUCCCCUACACUGAUGGACAACUACGCUUUGUCCAUCAACGACGCUGACAACAGCACCAGUAGAACCAGAAACAAUACCAAUAAUAACGAUCUUCCUGUCAUCCUGCCCAAGAUCUCAAACAACAAGAAUGAGAUCUUGAAUUCAGAUAACAAAAUCGCCAAUACCACCAAUUUGAACAUCUCCAGAUCUUCCACCCUAUCCAACUCAUCCGACUCGUCAUCUCCUGCUUCUCUAUCUCCAAACAAUUUGUCAAUCUCAAACUCCCUUUCAAAAUCAAAAUCAGAUUUGUCAAACAUAUCUUCCCCUUCUUCAGUCAGCUCAAAUGACUUGUCUCAAUCUGAUAAUAAAAUCAAUAUCAAUAAAAACAAUAACAAUAACAAUAACAAUAACAACAACAAUAACAAUAUAAAUAACAAUAACAAUAAUACAAAUACUCGUAUCAAUGCAAAUACCAAUUCAAAUAAUAAUCAUAACAACACUUCUAAAGGUAACAUUAAUGAUGACUCUUCAAAUCCUAUUGAUCCAUUCUCAAAUUUAUCUGUCACUUAUAAUGAGCCUUCUUCAUCUAACUCCAAUUCUAACUCCAACCCAAACUCAGCUUCCAUCUCUCCAAACCAAAAACUAUCCUCUUCAACUUCAAAUAAUCUAUCCUCUUACUCACCCUUUGACCUUUCCAACAAUAACAACAUCCCAAAUAAUAAUAAUAAUAAUAAUAAUAAUAAUAAUAAUAAUAAUAAUAAUAAUAAUAAUAACAACAACAACAACAACAACAACAACUCUUCAAACUCUUCCUUCCCUUUAAGACCCUCCUAUUACUCAAAUUAUAACUCAAACUACAACUACCGCUCGAAUCCUUUAUCAAUGAACAUGAACGCUCUAAACAACAUUGCUGGCUUAAAUUUAAACCAAAACCAGCAUCAAAACCAAUUCAACAAUAACAACAACAACUUCCACUACAACCAUAGAUCAUCCUAUCCUCCUCCCCAUCCUCACUCAAACACUCAUUACAACGCUCAUCAAAUUCCUCCUCCUCCUCCUCCUCAUCCCUCCCAUCCUCAAUCUCAUCCACAUCCCUCUCAUUUAAACGCUUUUGCUUUACAACAAUUACAACAAGUUCAAGCCCAACUUCAAAUCCAACAACAGAAUCAGCAACGGUCCGCUCUCACUCAACAACAAUUACUUUCAAAUCAAAAUCAAAAUCAAACCCAAACCCAAAGCUUGAGGUCAAAAAAAUACAUUAAAAAAAUUAAAGAUGAUGAAAUUAAAGGCCCAUUGCCUUGCAAAUGGGGCGACUGCAAACUAAUAUUCGAUACUCCUGAACAGUUAUAUUCACAUUUGUGUGAUCUCCAUGUUGGCAGAAAAUGCAACAGAAACCUAUCUCUUAACUGUAACUGGGAAAACUGUAAGGUCCAAACUGUUAAAAGAGACCAUAUAACCUCCCAUCUAAGAGUUCACGUUCCUUUAAAACCUUACUCCUGUCAAGUUUGCACUAAAAGAUUCAAAAGACCUCAGGAUUUGAAAAAACAUAUCAAAACUCACGCCGAUGAUGCUGGAAAUAUCAACUCUCUAAAUCAAAACCUAAACUUGAAUUUAAAUCUAAACCAAAAUCCUUUAUCCUCUCUAUCAACCAACAACAACAACCCAAUCACCACCUCAAUCAACGGUCUAAAUAAUUUAACUAACUUGAACAAUUUAAACAACCUAAGUAACUUGAAUAACCUAAACUCCAUCAACCCCUCAAAUAACCUACUUAACUUCAAUUUUAUGAACCAAAAUCAAAACUCUCACCAUCCUUACUCAUCCUUAAAUUACCCCAACGAUUAUAAUCCAAAUAACUCUUAUCACCCUUCUUAUAACGACUUUAACUAUCAAUCAAAUAAUCAACCAAAUAAUUUCAAUUCCAUCAAUACCAAUAACAACAACAACAACACCAAUACCAACAACAACAAUAAUAGUUAUUAUUCAAACUAUGAUGUCAUCCUACCACCAAAUGAUGAUUAUCAUUCCCCACUACAUCCACAACCAUUGGAUUCCUCCUACAUUUCCUCCUCAAUUCCAAACAACUCUUCAAACUCUUUUGACACCGAAAUUUUAUCCAAAAAACGUAAAAUUAACUCCCUAAUAUCGGAUUUUUAUGAAGAUAUUAAGCGCUCAAAAAUUUUACCUCGCUAUAAUAACUCAAUUGGCAACAAAUUGGAUUCAUUGCAAUCCUCUUUCAGGAAUAAUAACGACAUCUCUUUACCGCCAAUUAAUAAUAACUCAGUUAAACCUCAAGAGUUACUUGAAGCCGACAAAUUUUUCAAUCAAUUGACAAACUCUUUGGAUCAUUAUUCACCUAAUAAUCAAUCUUCAAACUUUUCAAAUCCCUCAAGUAACAUUCCUAAUCCUAAUAGCCAUAAUAAUAGCAAUAACAACAACAAUAAUAAUAACAAUAAUGCUAAUAAUUUCGGUAGCAAUAUUAAUAGACCCCACUCACAUUCAAUAUCUAAUAUUGUUAAUGAGAACCACUCUAAUGGUUCCAUUAGUGGAUCUUCUUUGUAUCCAACAAUGCCUGCUAAUAUUAAUCAUUAUGGUUCUCCUCAAAUUUCAGCCAGGUUUGAUUUUGAAAGCAAUAAUGCUAGACGUUAUAAUAUUGGUGUUAAUCAAAAAUCCAGUGAAAUCGAUUCAAUCAACAUGAGAACUAAAAAGGAACAGGAAAAUCAAAAUCAAAAUGGAAAUGAAAAUGAUGAUAAGCUUUCUGAAAUAUUCUCCAGUUUGAAUAUUGGCCGUAAAGUUGAAAACAACGAUAAAGAAACAUUAGAAAGACACCGAAAUAUAAUUAAUUAUAUUCGUGUAUUGAUUAAAGAGGCGUUAAAUGACCUUGAUAAUAAUAAAAAUAAUAACAGCAAUAAUAAAGAAACUUUAAAUAAUACUCAACUUAAAGUCAGCCUGCCUAAAAAAUUAUAUCCUUCUAUAAUGGCUCAUUAAUAUUAAUUUCAAAGCGUUUAAACUCAAUUUUGAAUGAAUUGUUUUGGUUAUUUCUUUUAUUUUUUAUUUAUACUUUUUGACUUAGUGAAAAUUUUACUCGCAUUUACUAUAAUUGGUUUUUAUACAUUAUUUUAUAUUUUUUGGUUCAAAAUUUCAAAUAAUAAUUUUCUGAAUGUUUAUUAAUUUAUACUUAUUUAUCUAUUUAUUUCUUUU